AUGCUGGGCAAGACUAACCUCCACGAGAUGGCGCUGGAAGGGCUGACCGUUUCUUCCCUCGGCGGCCAGACUGUCAACCCCUAUGACCUGACUCGGACGCCGGGGGGAAGCAGCGGGGGGACAGGUGCAGCACUGGCCGCGAACUCUGCCAUAUUAGUCACUGGCACUGACACGGUCAACUCCCUUCGGAGCCCCGCGAGUGCCAAUUCGCUCUUCGGCUUCCGUCCCACCAGGGCCCUCAUCUCCCGCGCGGGGGUUAUCCCCGUCAGUUUCACGCAGGAUACUGUCGGGGCAAUGGCGCGGAAUCCGAGGGACCUCGCUGUCGCCCUGGCGGUCAUGGCUGGUGUUGGGUUCGAUGCGCGCGAUAACGCCACGGCCUUAGUCCCUCGAGAGGUCCGUCACAGGGAUUACUUGAAUACUACUUCCACGCAUGCGGUGAGCCUCAAGGGGUUACGCUUUGGUUUACUGAGUGGCUUCUUCAACUACUUUGCAUCUGCCGAGACGACACUGGUGAACGACAUCAUGGCCAGCAUGGUGUCCAAGCUGACGUCUGUGGGAGCCGAAAUUGUGAACAUCACCGACCCCAUCUACGAUACCCUUGCCAUUGCGAAGCUCGAUGUGCAGGUGUUUGAAUUCAGGGAGAUGCUCGAUGCUUAUCUGUCAGGAGGCUCUCGGCCGGCAAGUUUCGCUGAGCUCUACAGUGGCGGGGACUUCCUCGUCAUCCCGGCGCAGCACAACUUCAUCGGAAGGGCGUCGCAUUCCUCGACCGGCGACGCGGCCUACCGCGAGAGCCUAAGCCGCAUCGAGGACCUGAGGCGCGCACUGGAAGCCACCUUUGCGAGCAACAGGCUCGACGCAGUCAUCUACCCGGAGCAAAAGAACCUUGUCGUCAAAAUUGGCUCACCGUCACAGAGCGGGAGGAAUGGGAUCUUGGCCGCUUUGACUGGGCACCCCGUCGUUUGUGUCCCCGCAGGCUUCUCGCCUCCUUCAGCGGAUGCCCCGCUAGGAGUUCCAGUCGGCAUGGAAAUAUUUGGCCGACCAUGGACCGAGCAUCUUCUCCUGGAUAUCGCACGCCAUAUAAGCGAGCUGGAGCCUAUCAGGAGGAUGCCGCCGUUUGUCAAUACCAGUGUCGAACCAAAGGUCUAUGAGAGCGUGCCUAUUAUUGUGCCAAACUCGGCCAACGUACCGGCAGCGUACCCGUUGGGGGUUCCCGAGACAAUAUCAUCCUGA